UUUAGAAGCAUGAAUUGGGUGCUGGAAAAGAAAUUGCAAAUGUUCUCAUAAAUAAAGCUGCCAAACUCUCAUUGCCAUGACUCAUGGUGCUCAGUAAUAUUGAAUACUCAUACUUCCCCUCAGUUGAGUAUUCAUGUGUGAAUAUUCUGAAUGUUUCACAAAUUCUACAAAGAUAAUUAUUACUUCAGGAGCACCACACUGGAAAAGUGUUAUGCUAGUACUGUUGAAAAAGCCCACAAAAUUGUUUCCUGGAAUAGAAAUAAUGCUCUGUGAACUAACAUUUCCACCUAGACAGUAUGACUAGCAAACUGAAAAGGGAGAAGUUUGUGAGCAGUUCAGGCCAUAAAAAUAUCCUCACAAAUAACUGCACGUAAUGUUUUUCAGCAAAAUAAAACCGAGGUGAAAAAUCUGCCAUUCUCAAGUUAUAACUGAGGAGCUUUGGUUCUAAAUGUAUUCAUCAAAAUACUCAUAAAAAAAUGAAUUUAAUUCCACCUGUAUAUUAUGAUGGGAAGUCAAAACUUGCAGAGACAUGAUAUAAUUGUGCUGCUGCUGAUACCCAAAGCAUCCCCAGUGCCUGAUGAUGUGUUUUUCCUAAUGACUCUGCACUCAGGCAGCCAGUGGAAAUUCUCUGGAUCAGGCUGGCAGGAAGUAAAAGCUGGGCAAAGAAAUUUUACCCUCCUCUGCAGUGGAGGAUGUGGCUUGCUUGCAUCAUCAUGGCUCUGGGAUAUUAGUGAUGCACUUGCGUGUGACUAUUUUGUUUAAUGGAUUGUUGCCAGGUUUUAGCUUUUGUAGUGUUCUUUAUAGGAAACAGAGAUAUUCAGUGACUUUUAACAUGCAUCUGAGCACAGAUCAAUUAUUGCUUUGGACCUUUGUCUGUAAUCCAGAAUGUCUGAGACCACUGUGUGUUUUUUUCCAGGCCUCUGUUCCCGAUUAACCAAUAUGGAUUUAUUCCAACUUUGAUGUUAUAAAAUAUUUAAUAAAGUGAACAAGUUACUUUUUCUUUUUUAAGUAUGUUUGUGCACAUGUGUGUGUAUGCCAGCUGCUAAAAGAAAAAAUAGGAUGGUCUGUAUUUUGUGUCAGAGAUAGUUAUCAGUGGUGGUAGCAAUCCCUUAUCUUUAUAAGGAAGUCAAAUCAAUUUAUACAAGGCAUGAGAUGAAAUCUGUGUUCUGCAGUGCUGAUAAAUCCUAGGUGGCAGGAUAAAGAUUGUUUUCCUUGCAUUUACAUUUAUGACUUUUCUUCAGGGCUGUUCAUCCUCUUUUUUUGCCAUGUAAAACUUGCAUUUUCCUGUCCCACUGUUUCUUUAGGCUGACUUGAAAAUAUUGUAAUCCUCCCACGUCAAAGCAGAAAAUCUGGUGAGCCCACACACUAAAACACUUCCAUGUGGACAUAUUAGAUGGAUAUCCGUGGAUUUACCUGCACUAACAUCGUCCACUCUUAAAAAAUAAUCUUGUAAUUGGCAUUUAUUGCACUUGUUCACAUCAGGGAGUAGUUUGGGAAAGUGUAAAUUUGGUUCCUUUUGCCAGAAAUUAAACCAGAAAAUGAGUUUCAGGAAUGCACUUAAUGCGCAAGAUUCAGCAGUCCACACUGAACUAAUGUGAAAUAACUCCUGCCUUCCCAAAACCUGUGCGGUGCCACGUUAAAUGCCUCAGCACUAGUGGUGUUACUUGUAGGUCUGAUCCUAUUGUUCACCUGUGCAUGGGAUUAAGUGUUGAAUAGGUUAUCCCAGUGGAUCUAUUUUUUGUUGUCAUGGGUGUUGGUAGCAAAAAAUGGGUUUUUUUUAGAGCAAUACAGUCAUCUGUUAUUUGCUUUGGUGUCUUCUUUUAAGAAGGGUAUGACUGUGAUUUUUAUUGUUCUCUUUAAUUAGAGUUGAUUUGUUACUUGCACACAAAUGCACAUUUAUACUGAAUAUGCCCUAUUUCCCUUUCUCUCCCCCUUAUUUCAACUCAAACCUCCAGAGCCGCUCAAAGCCACCAUCAGCCCGCGCAAAGUCAAGAGCAGCGUCGGUAGCCAAGUGUCCUUGUCCUGCAGCGUGACGGGGACCGAGGACCAGGAGCUGUCCUGGUACCGCAAUGGGGAAAUCAUCAACCCUGGCAACAACGUGCGCAUCACCGGGGUCAACCGCGAGAACCUGAUCAUGGACGGCAUGGCCAAGAGCGACGGCGGCGCCUACCAGUGCUUUGUGCGCAAGGACAAGAUGUCAGCUCAAGACUACGUCCAGGUGGUGCUGGAAGACGGAACUCCCAAAAUCAUCUCUGCCUUCAGCGAGAAAGUGGUGAGCCCAGGAGAGCCGGUGUCCCUGAUGUGCAACGUGAAGGGGACUCCCCUGCCCACCAUCACCUGGACACUGGACGAGGACCCCAUCGUGAAGGAUGGCAGCCACCGGAUCAGCCAGAUCAUCACCUCUGAGGGCAACGUGGUCAGUUACCUGAACAUCUCCAACACCCAGGUCCGGGACGGGGGCGUUUAUCGCUGCACUGCCAACAACUCUGCGGGAGUCGUCCUGUACCAGGCUCGAAUAAACGUAAGAGGGCCAGCGAGCAUCCGGCCCAUGAAGAACAUCACGGCCAUCGCUGGGAGGGACACCUACAUCCACUGCAGGGUCAUCGGGUACCCCUACUACUCCAUCAAGUGGUACAAGAACUCCAACCUGCUGCCCUUCAACCAUCGCCAAGUGGCGUUCGAGAACAACGGCACGCUGAAGCUCUCGGACGUGCAGAAGGAGGUGGACGAGGGCGAGUACACCUGCAACGUCCUGGUCCAGCCCCAGCUGUCCACCAGCCAGAGCGUGCACGUGACAGUGAAAGUCCCGCCUUUCAUCCAGCCUUUCGAGUUCCCUCGCUUCUCCAUCGGGCAGAGGGUCUUCAUCCCCUGCGUGGUGGUCUCGGGGGACCUGCCCAUCACCAUCACCUGGCAGAAGGACGGCCGGCCCAUCCCCGCCAGCCUGGGCGUCACCAUCGACAACAUCGACUUCACCAGCUCCCUGAGGAUCUCCAACCUGUCCCUGAUGCACAACGGGAACUACACCUGCAUAGCCAGGAACGACGCAGCAGCCGUGGAGCACCAAAGCCAAUUGAUCGUCAGAGUGCCCCCCAGGUUUGUGGUCCAGCCCAGCGACCAGGACGGGAUCUACGGGAAAGCUGUCAUCCUCAACUGCUCUGCCGAGGGUUAUCCCGUUCCUACCAUUGUCUGGAAGUACUCUAAAGGUGCCGGGGUUCCCCAGUUCCAGCCGAUCGCGCUGAACGGUCGGAUCCAGCUGCUCACAAACGGCUCCUUGCUGAUCAAACAUGUGCUGGAAGAAGACAGUGGAUACUACCUCUGCAAGGUCAGCAAUGAUGUGGGAGCAGACGUCAGCAAGUCCAUGUACCUCACUGUUAAAAUUCCAGCUAUGAUAACCUCCUACCCAAACACCACCCUAGCAACUCAAGGCCAAAAGAAGGAGAUGAGCUGCACGGCACAUGGAGAGAAACCCAUCAUAGUCCGCUGGGAGAAGGAAGACCGGAUCAUUAACCCCGAAAUGUCCCGCUACCUGGUUUCCACCAAGGAGGUUGGGGAUGAAGUGAUUUCUACCCUGCAGAUUCUGCCAACUGUGCGUGAAGAUUCUGGCUUCUUUUCCUGCCACGCCAUCAAUUCUUACGGGGAGGAUCGUGGAAUAAUUCAGCUCACUGUGCAAGAACCCCCCGACCCCCCUGAGAUAGAGAUCCGGGAGGUGAGAGCUCGGAGCAUCGCCCUCAGGUGGACCAUGGGCUUCGAUGGCAACAGCCCCAUCACCGGCUACGACAUCGAGUGCAAGAACAAGUCAGACUCUUGGGAUUCUGUCCAGAGAACCAGAGAUGUUUCCCCUCAGCUAAACCAGGCCACCAUCAUCGACCUGCACCCGUCCUCCACCUACAACAUCCGCAUGUACGCCAAGAACCGCAUCGGCAAGAGCGAGGCCAGCAACGAGCUCACCAUCACCACUGACGAAGCAGCCCCUGAUGGUCCACCUCAGGAUGUGCAGCUUGAGCCAAUAUCUUCCCAGAGCAUCAGAGUCACCUGGAAGGCUCCAAAGAAGCACUUGCAGAAUGGAAUCAUCCGUGGGUACCAGAUAGGUUAUCGGGAGUACAGCGCGGGGGGAAAUUUCCAGUUCAACAUCAUCAGCAUCGACACCACCGGGGACAGUGAGGUUUAUACCCUGAAUAACCUGAAGAAAUUCACCCAGUAUGGCAUGGUGGUACAGGCCUGUAACCGGGCUGGGAUUGGACCUUCUUCUCAGGAAAUCAUCACCACAACUCUCGAGGACGUGCCCAGUUGCCCUCCAGGGAAUGUGCAAGCCACUGCCACGUCCCCAGAAACCAUCUCCAUUUCCUGGUCAACGCUGGCGAAGGAAACCCUGAAUGGGAUCCUGCAGGGAUUCAGGGUUAUCUACUGGGCCAACCUCUUGGAUGGAGAGCUGGGAGAGAUAAAGAAUGUCACUACUACCCAGCCAUCCCUGGAGCUGGAUGGCCUGGAAAAAUACACCAACUACAGCAUCCAGGUGCUGGCUUUCACCCGAGCUGGGGAUGGAGUGAGGAGCGAGCAGAUUUUCACCCGCACUAAGGAGGAUGUUCCAGGUCCUCCUGCCGGAGUUAAAGCAGCUGCUGCCUCGGCCUCCACGGUUUUUGUGUCCUGGCUGCCUCCCCUGAAGCUGAACGGCAUCAUCCGGAAAUACACCGUGUUCUGCUCCCACCCCUACCCCACAGUGAUCAGCGAGUUUGAAGCCUCUCCCGACUCAUUUUCCUACAGAAUCCCCAACCUGAGCCGGAAUCGCCAGUACAGCGUGUGGGUGGUGGCCGUGACGGCUGCGGGGAGAGGCAACAGCAGCGAGAUCAUCACCGUGGAGCCACUGGCCAAAGCUCCUGCUAGGAUUCUGACGUUCAGCGGGACGGUGACAACCCCCUGGAUGAAGGACAUUGUCCUCCCCUGCAAAGCCGUGGGGGACCCUGCUCCAACAGUCAAGUGGAUGAAGGAUAGUAACGGGACACCCAGUCUAGUGAUGAUUGAUGGGCGAAGGAGCAUCUUCAGCAACGGCAGCUUCGUCAUCAGGACUGUGAAAGCAGAGGACUCUGGCUACUACAGCUGUGUGGCCAGCAACAACUGGGGCUCAGAUGAAAUCAUUUUGAAUUUGCAGGUACAAGUUCCACCAGACCAGCCAAGACUCACUGUAUCCAAAACUACAUCUUCCUCUAUCACUCUUUCCUGGAUACCUGGAGACAAUGGUGGCAGUUCUAUCCGAGGUUAUAUCCUGCAGUACUCAGAGGAUAACAGUGAGCAGUGGGGAAGUUUCCCCAUCAGCCCCAGUGAGAGAUCCUACAGGCUGGAAACCCUGAAAUGUGGCACCUGGUACAAGUUCACCCUGACUGCCCAGAACGGGGUGGGGCCGGGACGCAUCAGCGAGAUCAUCGAGGCCAAGACGCUCGGCAAAGAGCCACAGUUUUCCAAGGAGCAAGAGCUCUUUGCCAGCAUCAAUACCACGCGUGUGAGGCUGAACCUGAUCGGCUGGAACGAUGGUGGCUGCCCCAUCACCUCCUUCACCCUGGAGUACCGGCCCUUUGGGACCACGGUCUGGACCACAGCCCAGAGGACAUCCCUGUCCAAGUCCUACAUCCUCUACGACCUCCAGGAGGCCACCUGGUACGAGCUGCAAAUGAGAGUGUGCAACAGUGCUGGCUGUGCAGAGAAACAAGCCAAAUUUGCCACGCUCAAUUAUGAUGGCAGUACCAUCCCUCCUCUCAUCAAGUCGGUUGUGCAAAGUGAGGAAGGGCUGGGAACCAACGAAGGGCUAAAGAUGCUGGUGACCAUCUCCUGUAUCUUGGUUGGGGUCUUGCUGCUCUUUGUGAUGCUGCUGAUCGUGAGGAGGAGGAGGAGGGAGCAGAGGCUGAAGAGGCUGCGAGAUGCAAAGAGUUUGGCCGAAAUGCUUAUGAGCAAGAACACCAGGACAUCAGACACACUUAACAAGCAGCAGCAAACACUGAGGAUGCACAUUGACAUUCCCAGAGCACAGCUGCUGAUAGAGGAGAGGGACACCAUGGAGACCAUUGAUGACAGAUCAACAGUUCUGCUCACUGAUGCUGACUUUGGAGAGACGUCCAAGCAGAAGUCCCUGACUGUCACCCACACGGUCCAUUACCAGUCGGUGUCACAAGCCACAGGGCCACUGGUGGAUGUCUCUGAUGCCCGGCCAGGAACAAAUCCCACCACGAGGAGGAGUGCCAAAACCGGGCCCACCGCGCGCAACCGCUACGCCAGCCAGUGGACCCUCAACAGACCCCACCCCACCAUAUCAGCACACACCCUCACCACAGACUGGAGGCUGCCCACGCCCAGGCCAGCAGGAUCAGUGGACAAGGAAAGUGACAGCUACAGCGUCAGCCCCUCCCAGGACACAGACCGGGCGAGGAGCAGCAUGGUCUCCACAGAAAGUGCCUCCUCCACCUACGAAGAGCUGGCCAGGGCCUACGAGCACGCCAAGAUGGAAGAGCAGCUGAGGCACGCCAAGUUCACCAUCACGGAGUGCUUCAUAUCAGACACGUCCUCGGAGCAGCUCACGGCAGGGACCAACGACUACACAGACAGCCUGACGUCCAGCACGCCGUCCGAGUCGGGCAUCUGCAGGUUCACCCCGUCCCCCCCCAAGCCUCAGGACGGAGGGAGGGUGAUGAACAUGGCAGUUCCCAAGGCACAUCGCCCAGGUGAUCUCAUGCACUUGCCACCCUACCUUAGGAUGGACUUUUUAUUGAACCGUGGCGUGCAGGGCACGAGCAGAGACCUGGGUUUGGGGCAAGCCUGCUUGGAGCCACAGAAAAGCCGAACCUUGAAGCGUCCCACCGUGCUGGAGCCGAUCCCCAUGGAGACAUCCUCCACGAGAGAUGUCCAGUCAUGGCAACCCGGUGCUGUGGCAACGUUACCUCAGCGAGAAGGAGCUGAGCUAGGACAGGCUCAAGCAAAAAUGAGCAGCUCCCAAGAAUCCCUGCUGGACUCCCGGGGCCACUUGAAAGGAAACAAUCCUUACGCAAAAUCUUACACCCUGGUAUAACGAAAAGAGCAUGGCUGGACAGUGGCUGUAAAUAUUUACACUGAAAAACAAAACAAAACAAAACAAAAAAAAAGUCCAAUGAAAGCUACCUUUUUUUUAUUGAAUUCCAAUAUUUAUAAUUAAAGAAGAAGAUUGCCAAAAUAUUUGACAAAAAAAAUAAUAAUAUGAACGACAGACAGUGCAAAGACUCUCUUGCUUUUUUUCUGUCUGAGUGUGAGCUUCAUCUGACUGGACAUCUGAAUUUUUGGGUAAAAGAGUCCAGUUUUCUGAUCUUCACAAGCGUUUGUGUUUUUACUGAUUUUCUACGAAGUGCAUGGAGACUUAACAAAAACAUUUUAACUGGAAGUUCCAUCAGACAAGAUUUAAAAGGGAAAAAAAAAUCACAAAAAAAAAAAAAGAAAAUCACCCUCUUUGUGAAUUCAACAGGAACAUUGAUUUGGAAAAACGAAAAGUCUUUUGUCAUGUUUGCACUUUUUUUUUUUUAUUAGAAAAUGGGUCCUUGAUUGUUCUUUUUUUGUUGUUAAUUAGGAUGAGUGAUGUCAGUGGAGUGAGGAGAUUGAUUUGGGUUUUUUUUUAAUAUUAAUUUAAUGAGACACUCUUUGCAUUUUGUCUAUGCGAAAUAAAAGGGUCUUCUGCCUUUA